AUGCCCCCCAAAAAGCCACCACCAAGAAAGCAGCCAGGAAAACCUUCAGGGCAAAGCAUUCGACCCACCAGUCCAGUGAAGGGACGGCACAAGCUUCGAAACGUCUUGACAAUACCCAUGGGCCGCAACGCUCGCGCAAAUCUUCUGGCUCAGAAGAUGAAUUCUUUGCUUGACCCAAAAUCAGCAGAUUUGAAAACCGAACCGUCUGGACAACGGAUGGAGGAGCAUAUAAUCCUUGAGGAUCGAAUGGAAGUGGAUGAAACAAGCGCAAUGAGCAAGGAUCUAUGGGAAGAUAUUGCACAUGACGCGGGCCCUACCGCGGGGCCCGCCGCAGGGGGUGCCGCGGGGGUUGCCGUGGGGGUGCCGCGGGGCCCGCCGCAUGGCUGGGUGUUGGGGCUGGAAUGCCGCCAUUUAUCCCUGAAAUUCUUGCAUUUUCAACAUAUCAAUGUCCGAACAUGUUCUUGUGUUCCCCCUGCAACUGUUCUACUGGAGCAUGGUGCUCUGGCCACCUCACCUAGCAAGCCACAAAUUGCUGUUACAGUCAAUACAUUGGAGAUAUACCAGGCAUUGUUUCAACGCUCCUGCAUCGCCAUUCAAGCAUUCACAAACGCUCUAACAACCCUCUAUAAUACCAGAGGAUUUGAGCUGAUGUCCAAAACCUUUGAUGGUGAACAUGCUGCUGAUCCUCUUCGACAAGCCUUAUCCCAGGCAGUGCAUGUGUACAGCAGCAUUCAACAGCAUAUCCGAAAAAUGGUCAAUGAUGCCUUGGCCAGAGAGUAUCGCCGUAGCAGCACCGGAUCAUCUCCAAGAGACUCCAUAGCUUCCACCUGUGAAAUUUCCCCUGCACAUGCUGAGCCACAUCCAUCAGUCUCAAUCACAGGACCUUGCGAGGUGUCCAUGCUCGGUGCACCCCCUGUCGCACCCCCCGCCGCACCCCCCCCUGCACCCCCCGCCGCGUCCCCCACCGCACCCCCCGCGUCAUUUACCCCUGCCAACCACACCGUCAAAUCUGAUGAUCAACUCUUGCUGGUCCCUGGAUCUGCAAAUCAGGUUCUACAGAGCCGUCAGGAGUACUUCCUGACACCUGAAGAGGUUCACAAGGUCAAAGAGACUGUGCUUUUGGCGAGGAAAUCUCCGAAGCCUCUCAAAGAGUCUCUAAUUUCAGCUGAUAUUGUGGAUGCCUGUGGAGAGUCAUGGACUGCCGCAAAUGAGCACAAACAAAAGGGGGAUCCAAAGCGCUAUGACUCCACUGGCAUCUUUGCACUGACAUGUUGUCACUCACAAGUCCUGUUCAUGUGUGAUAUAGACACUCCAGGAGAGCAGCAGCACUGCAUAAUUGCGCUCUUGGAGAAGGUGGCCUCACUCCUGCCAUCCAAUGCAACCAUUACGCAAUGUUAUGAUAUUGGUUGUUCUGUCACUUCUAUCCUCGCCGCACCCCUCUGUGGCACCCCCGCCGCACCCCCCGCCGCACCCCCCGCCGCACCCCCCGCUGCACCCCUUGAUAGAGUCCAUAUCAAUGCUGACUAUACUCCGAAGUUCCCCAUCCUUUCUGCCCAUUUGCGAUCUCGCGUAUCAUUCUCUCUGAAUGCAAUGCAUGCAUUUGGACAUCAAUGGGCCUGCCAAUUGGUCUACAACCCACGCAUGAAGUUGGGCCCCCCUGUUCAAGUCCAACGUGAGCUUGGCAAGAUAGUCAGCCUUCAAAAUCAAAUUGAAGAUAUUGAUGACACUCUGGAGCAACUCCAAAAGACUGUUGAAGAUAGACAGAGCUCGGAGGCAGCACAUAUUGCGAUCCAGGAUCUGCAAUCCACUCAUGUCAAGCUCAGUCAACAAGCUGAGCAUCUGUUCACUUCACUCAACCUGGAGACUCAUUAUCCAGAGCUGGCUGGACUUCCCUUUGAAUUUGUGCAGAUCCUGCUGCUGAUGAGGGACCUCAAGAUUCAGAUUCGCAAACAAGCAAUUAGGACAUUUUUGGAAUGGGAGAAUUUAGACCGUGCUGUCCAAGGACGAUGGGAGCCACUGGGUACAAAGCUUCAUCAAGCAGCGCGCAAAGCUCUUUCGAAAUGUCAGCCAACGCUGCAUCGUCUUAUCGACAAAUUCAAUUCCUUUUGCUCUCGACUGGAAGAGAUUCAGCCUCCACACUGCUCUGUUCCCAUCCCUCUCCCACUUCCUACCAAGCUAAACAAGCUCAAGUCUCAUACCAACCUCUUCGAAGAUGUAUGGAUCACUCCAUCGGAAGGGGAUGUCCCAUUGUGGCUCUGCGAUGAAAAUGUCCGUCAGGGAAUUUCAAGUCUCCAUGUACUGGACCGCUGUCAUGAGGAAGGGCUUCGCCUGUCCCGAGAGAGCGAAAACAUGCUGCGUUGGAUUGAUCAAGAGUCUUUGCUGCUUCUUUCAGCAAAGGAUUGCAUUUCAAAUCACAUUCUGCAACAUGAGCUGGAGCAAGAAAUCAACUUUCUAUGA